AUGACGGCAUCAAAUUGCGCAGCCAGGAUCUACACUCGCAAUCACUUUUUUAAUCUCUUGUCGCGCAUCGCACCGCUACCAAUUGCUCACAAUCCAGACAUUCAUUUGGUCACCGUAACCCCACAUUUUUGCAAGCCUGAAACCGCGACUUAG